UGUAGCCUUUUAAAUACGAAUGGUUUUUUUUUUAAUAGAAAGCUGAAUUUCAUACAUAAAUUUCGUAAUUACAACGAAUUAUUUCGUUCAAACGUUAUACAUAACCUACCUACUAAAUUGUUUUCACAGGCUAUGAAAUAAGUUUAAUUAAUUUUCAAUAAAUAUGAGUGCCUUAUUUAAUUUUCAAAGUCUACUAUGUGUCAUAUUACUUUUAAUAUGUACUUGUGCCUAUUUAAGGUCCUUCUUUCCAAGUAUUAUGGAUCGCAAUAAGACUGGACUCCUUGGAACAUUCUGGAAAUGUGCUCGAAUUGGUGAAAGAAAAUCUCCAUAUGUUGCUACUUGCUGUGUUUUAAUGGCUUUCAGUAUAUUGUUCUUGACAUAAGAUAUUUAAUUCUAAAUACUAUUAAUAUUUUAUGUAGUUAUAUUUUGAUGCAUAAAUAAAAUAAAUAUAAUUUUUUA